AUCGGAGACCAUUAAAAGUAAGUUAAUAAAAAGAAAAAUAUGAGACAGAUCAAAUAUAUUGUUCUGAACUAAUAAUGAAAAACAUAGUUGAGAUUUUUAUUUUUUUUUUGAAACAAAAAAAGAAUAAAAUCUUUUUGGAACACAAAGAGUACAACCAGUCAAAUUGAUUUGGAAAAUAAUUUGGGGGUGGGAGUACAAAUUUUGGGUGUCUCCCGUCUCCACUCUCUUCAAAUUGAAACCCAGUCAUUUCUCUAUAAUUCGCUACUAGCGGUUUCUUUGUAUAGGAACAGGCUGUCAGAUUGAUUUUUUUUAAAAUCUCGUAAAAGAUGGAUUCUUUGGGUGUUAAACUCUGGCCCCCGAGCCAAAGCACCCGACUAAUGCUAGUAGAGAGAAUGACCAAAAACCUUAGCACCCCUUCCAUUUUGUCUAGAAAGUAUGGUCCUCUGUGUAAGGAAGAGGCUGAGGAGGUUUCCAAGGAAAUUGAGUCUAUGGCUUUUGCAUCAGCAAGCAAACACUUGGAGAACGAGCGAGGCGAUGAUGGAAGCUCUGCCGUGCAACUUUAUGCUAAGGAAUCAAGUAAGCUUAUGUUAGAUGUUCUUAAAAGAAACCCAAGAACUGUGGGGGAUGCAGAAGGUGAAGCUAACACAUCUGAGGAGACUGUUCUUGAUUUAUCUGGAGGUCAAAGGGCUUUCAUUGCCUCUGAAGAAGCUAAGAAGUUGUUGGAACCCCUGAAGAAACCCGGGAACAAAUUUACAACGAUUUGUUUCAGCAACAGAAGUUUUGGCUUGGAUGCUGCCCGUGUUGCCGGGCCUAUUCUUUCCAAACUCAAAAAUCAACUGGUCAAGGUAGACCUUUCAGAUUUCAUCGCAGGGAGACAAGAGUCUGAAGCCCUUGAAGUCAUGGAAAUCUUUUCAUCUGCUUUGGAAGGGUGUCAAUUGAGGUAUCUCAACCUGUCAAACAAUGCAUUGGGGGAAAAGGGUGUGAGGGCUUUCGGCGAGCUUCUGAAGUCGCAGCAGAGCUUGGAGGAGCUCUAUUUGAUGAAUGGUGGCAUCUCAGAGGAAGCAGCACAGGCAGUGUGUGAGCUCAUCCCUUCAACCAAGAAACUCAGGGCUCUUCAUUUUCACAACAAUAUGACUGGGGAUGAGGGUGCAUUGGCUAUCUCUGAACUUGUCAAGCGUUCCUCUUUGCUGGAAAACUUUCGGUGCUCGUCCACAAGGGUGGGAUCUGAAGGAGGGAUUGCACUGUCAGAGGCACUUGGAGAAUGCACCCACUUAAAGAAGCUUGAUUUGCGAGACAACAUGUUUGGCACCAAAGCUGGUGUUGGUUUGAGCAUGGUACUACCAAGAUUUUCUGAUUUGACUGAGAUCUACCUAAGUUAUUUGAAUCUGGAUGAUGAAGGGUCCAUAGCCAUUGCAAAUGCCCUCAAGGAAUCUGCUCCAUCACUCCAUGUUCUGGAGAUGGAUGGAAAUGACAUGACAGUGAGAGCUGCUCAUGCAAUCGCAAGUUGCGUGGCUGCAAAACAGUUUCUUACCAGGUUGAGCCUGGCAGAGAAUGAGCUCAAGGAUGAUGGUGCGGUUGUCAUUGCCCAGGCACUGCUGGAAGGCGGCCAUGGCCAGUUGAAUGAAGUGGACAUGAGCAUGAACUCAAUCAGAAGAGCCGGGGCCAGGUCCCUUGCUCGGGCUGUUGUCAGUAAACCAGGGUUUAAGGUGCUGAAUAUGAACGGGAACUUCAUAUCCGACGAGGGUGUUGAUGAGGUCAAAGAAAUCUUUAAAAACUGCCCGAAUCUUCUUGGGCCUCUGGAUGAGAAUGAUCCCGAAGGGGAAGAGUCUGAUGAAGGCUAUGAUGGAGGGCUCGCCGAUGAUGAGAAUGAGAUAGGGUCUAGGCUCAAUGCCCUCGAAAUCACGCGCGAGGAAUAGUGGCGGCAUUGCAAUUCUGAGCAAAUCCACUCUGAGGACUUGUCUAGACUCUAGACUCGUCUCAGUUUUUUUUUUUUUUUUAUAAAAAUUAUCUUGUGAUGAUGGAUCAAUGGAAAUGGACGAUGUUAUUCGUUCCCUUUUGGCAUUUGAGGUGGCGUUGGAAAGAAGAGUAAGUUUAAGGGGGAGAAAAAUCGACUUGAAGUUGGGUGACAAAUCUAGCAAGUUCAAAAAGGGGUGACUGGGUUCCGAACUAUUACGAAUAAUGGAUAUAUUAGAAAAUAGAAUGUUACUCCCUAUGUCUUAAUUUUAAAUUAUCUGUUUCGGUUUACGAGAAAGUGAAUGAAAUUUGAUCAUUUAAAUAGUAAAUAGAGUAAAGAGGAAAAUGGGGGAUUGAAAUGCCCAAAUUCAGCCAGGCCCAAAGCAUAUUUAUAUAUAUUCGUUGAUUUUUGGCUUCCUAGAUACUACCUCCGUCCCAGAGUAUUUGUCCACCUUCAUUUUUGCACAUCAUCUAAUACACUUCUUUAAUCCAUUUUAUCUUGUAAUUUGUAUAUUAAAAAAUUAUAGAAAUUAUAUAUUAAUAAUCUAUAUCUUAAGACAAAUCAAACAAGAUCACACAUGACUAUAUUUAGGCUUACACAUUAAGAGAAUUUGAUGAGUCAAAGUGCUUAGAUGAACAGUCCCAAAAGUUAAAAGUGGACGAAUAUAGCGGGACGGGGGGA